AUGAGCCGCCAGACUGCUACCGAGUUACCCACUGGGACCUCGAAGUGCACACCGUCGCAGAGGGUGCCCGCCCUCACGGGCACCACUGCGUCCAACAAUGACCUGGCCAGUCUCUUUGAGUGUCCUGUCUGCUUUGACUAUGUGUUGCCACCCAUUCUUCAGUGUCAGAGCGGCCAUUUUGUCUGUAGCAACUGUCGCCCAAAGCUCACGUGUUGUCCAACCUGCCGGGGCACCUUGGGAUCCAUUCGCAACUUGGCGAUGGAGAAAGUGGCCAAUUCGGUACUUUUCCCUUGUAAAUACGCCUCUUCCGGGUGUGAGAUCACUCUGCCCCACACGGAAAAAGCAGACCACGAGGAGCUCUGCGAGUUCCGGCCUUACUCCUGCCCCUGCCCCGGCGCGUCCUGUAAGUGGCAGGGCUCUCUGGAUGCCGUGAUGCCCCACCUGAUGCAUCAGCACAAGUCCAUCACCACCCUGCAGGGGGAGGACAUCGUGUUCCUUGCCAUGGACAUCAAUCUCCCCGGAGCGGUGGGCUGGGUGAUGAUGCAGUCCUGCUUCGGCUUCCACUUCAUGCUGGUCUUGGAGAAGCAGGAGAAGUAUGACGGGCACCAGCAGUUCUUUGCACUUGUCCAGCUGAUAGGAACGCCCAAGCAGGCGGAAAAUUUUGCUUAUCGACUCGAGCUAAAUGGUCAUAGGCGGCGAUUGACUUGGGAAGCUACUCCCGGAUCUAUUCAUGAGAGAAUCGCAACGGCCAUUAUGAAUAGCGACUGUCUAGUCUUUGACACCAGCACCGCACAGCUUUUUGCAGAAAAUGGCAAUCUAGGCAUCAAUGUCACUAUUUCCAUGUGUUGAAGUGGCGAUCAAACGUUUUCUGGCCAGUGUUUAAAACCAUUGCGUUCAACUUCACAGAGAAUAGGCCCCCUCUGCCUGCCCCCUGAGACUUUUGGUAGGUGGAGCUAGUCACAUGAAGGUAAAUAAAUGGAAAGGCUGUUAAAUACAGGAAAUGGUUGCAUGUAGUAACACUAAUAUAUUUAAAAUAAGUCAACAGUAAACCACUGAAAAAAAUAUAUAUAUACACCCAAGAUGGGCAUCUUUUGUAUUAAGAAAGG